AAGCACCCUCCACACCCACUCUCAGUUUCACCUGACCGGUUUGGGACCGCUGCACACCAAGGUUAUAUAAAAGUACCGGACCAGCCUCCGCUGCCUCCUUCUCCUCCAAGUAUACGUCUCGCCUACUAUGUCGGAUAAGUGCGUGCUGUUGGACUUGUCGGCAAUCAGCCAUGGCGCAGCCAUGCCCCACAUGCCCCAGUCCCCCAAGACCCACAACCACUUGCCUGCCAACAUCACCAAGGUCACCCACAUCCCCAACCUCUCAGCAUUCGACCUCAUCGUCGACAUCCGCCCCUACAACUACUACUCUCAGGCCCACAUCAAGCACUCCAUCAACAUCUGUAUCCCCACCACGCUCUUGAAACGCUCGUCGUUGGACCUCUUUAGCAUCUUGAAGUUGGUCAACAUCCCACAACACUAUAAGGACCUCCUUUUGGCCAAGAUCACCAGCCCUGCAAGCGACCAGAAAUUGAACGUGUUGUUCUACGACGGCAACUCGUGCACCGACAACAUCUCCUUGAACCUCUCCCAGACCAUCAUCAAGUUCAACCAGUUCUCGGAAGUGUUCGAUCUCCACUACUUGGAAGGCGGCUUUCAGGCACACCUGCUCCAGCCGCCAUCGCCCAAGAAGACCAGCAUCCACUCAGGCGACUCCGCCAGUACGCUAUCGGACUCGGCCUCCUCCUCACCGGUCACCACAAACAGCACGUUUUCGACGUCCUUGGACUCCAACGACGACUUGAUCGAGUACACGAACUCGCCCCAGGACUGUGUUGACGAGUGCAGCGACGAUAAGUCGUUCCUUUCGGGCUUCAAGUUGCCCUCCUCCACCAACUACAGAACCAAAUUCAUCAACUCGAUCAAGAAGAACUCGUUGUUUGAUGAAAAGGCUAGGGCAGCAGACGUGGGGUCCUACCACUACAACUUCAAGUACCCCAAAGGAUACUCUCACAAGAACAUUGCUGAGUUCCCUUACUUGCCCAAAUGGAUGGACUUCUUGAAAAGUUCCAAUGAGACAGUGCUCACAGACCUUAUCACCAAGUUCAACAAAAUCGAAGCGUCUGAGAAGUUGAGAUUGAGCUCGCUUGUCACCAACUGCACUAGCACUGAUGGAAAAGAUACCAAGAAGCACUUGCACAUCCAUAGCCCCUUAGCAAGAAAUGAGUCUACUGCACUUUCAAACGUUUGUACACCAAACGGUUUGUGCCCAGAUUGUGACGAAAUCAACUACAAAAUGCCCAAAGGUAUCGAGUACGGUUUCAAAAAUCGCUAUAAUAAUAUCUGGCCCUAUGAGCAUUCUCGAGUAAGAUUGAACACUCCUUCGGAAGAUGAUUACAUUAAUGCCAACUACAUCCUUUCUGAGUCGGUAGUCCCAACACACUUCAGCUACAUAGCUACACAAAAUCCUUUGAAGGAUACUGUCAAAGAUUUCUGGAAAACAAUUGAUAGUGAACAGAUAAAAAUUAUUAUCAGUUUGGACAACUCACCAUUAUUAUACCUCAAGGAUGGCAAAAAUGUGUUCAACAUUGAAACAAUUCAUUCUAAUGCCUCCACUAUUGUACGAAAAAUCAAUAAUGAAAUUUAUCACUUCGAAUUCAAAAAGUGGCCAGAUUUUGGGGUUCCUCAAAACUUUGAUUCUAUUUUAUCAUUGAUUCAAUUCAAGAAUGAGUUGUACAGUUCAAAAUUAAGGCCUGAUCAAAACAAGAUUUUAGUUCAUUGUUCUGCCGGAUGUGGUAGAACAGGAGUCUUCAUUACCAUUGAUAGUCUCAUUGACCAUUUCAAGAUGGAUUCAACUAAACUAUUGAACUCCAAAGAGGAUCUCGUAUACAAGUUGGUUCAACACCAGAGAAAGCAAAGAUUAUCGAUGGUGCAAAACUUGGACCAAUACAUUGUUAGCUAUGAGAUUUUCCUUUUCUAUUUGUCUAAUUUAGACAAGUACAAGAAUAAAGUGGGUCCCGACUAUUGGUUGGCUUCGGUGAAUUCAAUUUCUCAAGAGCCAACUAGGGAGAAGAUCAGAACAGCAGAAGUCACCACUGAAUACAAAAAUAGUGAUGAUUAUUUUCUGGGAUUCUCGAGACCAAAUUACACCAAUACCGUAAGGUCUAAUUAGCAUAAGUAGC